GAAAAAUAUUUUGGUUCUGCAACGGUUCAAGCUUUACUCUAAUCCGAGCCGUUCCUCUGCCGCAAUAUGUCUGAUACAGCACAACAAGAGUUUAAAGUCCCAGACGUACCAAAAUCUCAAGAAGAAAAAUCAGAUGGCAGCUCUCUAAAGGAUGCCAGAACUGUGGAACAAGAACAAGAGGCAAAACUCAGGUCCAAUCCUAAAUAUGCCAACCUACCUAAGCCAAAGGGUCCCUCAUCUUUUCUACAGAAGAGGUUACAGAAAGGAAAGCAGUAUUUUGAUUCUGGAGACUACAAUAUGGCCAAGUCAAAGGUCUCUCAACUAAAGAAGCCAAUUCCAGCCCAGGAAAAAGUGCUGAUAGCACAAGAAUCAACAGGGGAUAUAAUCCCCACCCCCCAGGACUUGCAACGUAGAUCCUCCCAACACAAAAGCAAUCUAGUCGAGGAAGUCUCAUGAUCUCAAAUUGUUGUAAAUAGUAAUAAGCAAGCCAAGAAAGGACAAAGAUAUGUACAUAAUAUUGAAAAUUGAAGUAAAAUGAUAUGUUCGCUGAUCAAAUUAUGCAGGAACAUAUUCUUUGUUGAUGACGUCAAGCCCUGUGACUUCUUGACCAUGUUUAUUAAAGAUUUACUUUUCUGUGAAUUGCAGAAAUAAGGAUGGUGUGUGUAUUCUAGAUAAGUGUUUAUAUGACUGAGAUCUAAGCACACACACAAUUGCAAAAUAUUGCACCUAUUAACAAUGAAUUAUUCAGUUAUAGAUAGGAAUGUUGCACAGCAUUAAAACUAAAUGUACAUGUAUCAGUGUAUUGGGAAGCCAACCAUUACGCAAUGAGUUAACCAGUGUAACCAUCACCUUGCUAAAAUCUUAACUCUUAAUAUUUUGAGUAUUUAUUUGAGAAAGUUUAAAAGUAAACAUACUCCGGAUAAUUCAUGUUUGUAUAUGUGGCUUGGAACAUCAGCGUUUUAAGUCCUUUAUCAUAUUUUUGGGGAAAAAGUAUCAUUGCACUUUUGACAGUAACAUCUGUUGAUUCUAACAAAAUGAGAAAAACAAUUGAAAGAAGUCUGUUGUUCAAAAACUUGUUAAGGUAUGAGAGUAAACAUAAGCACACUUGAAGGUGUAUUAUUCCAAAUCAUAAUUUAAUCAGCUGGUCUUUUAAAUGUUUUAAAUGUCGGGCACUUCUACAUGUAAUCGUUGGUAUCAUAACAUUAGUAAUUCACACACCAUUAUGGAUAAUCAUGAAAUAUGACAUAAUCUUCCAAUUAUGACUCUACAUGUAUGAUAUAACUACUUAGAU